AUUCCCAUAGCUAGUUUGAGCUCAUUUUGUGCCUUUGCCUUUCUAAUCUUGCCCGUGACGCUUGUUUUCUAAGAUGUCAAUACGGUUCUCCUUUAGACUACUUUGCCUGUUGAAGCCAAUUAUGGUGCUCAGAGGCCUGCCUUUGGGAUAAUUUUUCAGACUCUCUAUGCAGCUCAGUUUAUUACAAUAAUAUUUCUGCAAUUAAAAUUAAAAAGUUGGAUCAGCAAUAAAAUCAUACAACUUGCAUUUCUCUGCUGGCCACAGACUCUCAUAAAAGGUACCAUCAAGUCAGAAUUUCCUGUGAAUGCAAAGUUACAAGAAGUACAGUACAGUAAACGAUAAAUACUAUUAUUCAUAUCUUAAACAAGUCUGAAACUAGAAUUUUGAGUAUCUCAUAAUUAGUGGUUAUAAGAUAGCCAGCACGUUGCACUCUCAGGAUUAAAUCCUCAGCUGGUGUAAAUUCACAUAGCUCUAUUAAGACACUUUAUACCAGGUGAGUAUGUGACUGCUUACAUUUAAUCUUGUAAAUUGGCUAGAGGGAGUAGCUCACCUAAUAGAGAAAAGACAGUGGCAAGCAGGAGCUUGCAGACUUUGAGAUUAAAAAAAGAAUAUCAAAAUUGAAGUCAGUUUAAAUUUGUAUGUCAGAUUUGUUUUAAUUUUUGCCAUUUCCCUUUGAACAUUUUUAUAAAUUGUAUCCUUUUGUAUAUUCCCAACAUUUUUCUAAAGGUACAUAAUGUUACUUUAUUUGUGUAAAUCAGAUUAAAUGAAAGGAUGGUCCAGUUUCUGAAUACCUUCUGGCUUUGAUUUCUUAAAGUUACAUUUCUAAAAAGCAAUAUUCAUAGAUAAGUUGUUUAAUACUCUGCUAAACAUGAAUGGGCUUUCAAGAAUACUUCGUUUUUAUACUUUGUUUAUAUCUAAUGUACAGAAUUUUAGUCCAGUUUACUGAUGUAAACUGACUAUAAAUAGUAACAGUUGAGCAACUGUUAAUCUUGUCAACUUUUUAUAUUGCUGUUUCAACUGGAAAUCCAAAAUCCUGGAAAUAUAGUAACUGUUAACAAUUUAAAAUACUUUAUUCAUUUUGUGUUGCCAUUCCAGUCUUAUUCCUUUUUAUUUUUUGUUGAAAGAAGCAAUCUAACCAUGGAAAAAAGACCAUUAAUCUUAUUUUACUCUUAAAAUAUGAAUUAUCUUGAAAUUUCAACUAGCAAAGUGCAGGAACCAUACAAGAUUAAGAUGAGGAAAGACUGUGCAAUAGCAUUGAUAUAAUUACAUUGCUUGGUUAUUCUAGUAGAUAAAGUUAGUAAUGUCUAUGUUUGUAAUCCUAGUCAGUUUUCAGGUUGAUGCCAGUGCACCUGUGUAAUUGUCAUCCAGAGCCUGGAAUUUGACAAAAUAAACAAGAUGCUAUUCUAACAGCAGGGCCAUCUUUUACUGAAGCAUAAGACCCGAUGAAAAACCAGGCGGUUCUGAGGGAUCUCUUCUAGGGAUGUGGAUUGGUGAGGAUGCUAUUCCCUGUACACCUGGAGUAGUAAAAGUGCGAACUAGGACAAAAUUAAAUGGUACACGAGAUCAUAAAAUAAAAAAUACUGAAGAGGAACUGAUGAAGUUGGCUAAGCAAUUUGAUAGAAACCAGGUAGAGCUAGAUACAGUCAAGGAGCAAGAUGAUCAAUGCAAUGGUUUUGUUCAGACUAGUGCAGAGGCAGAGACUUUAAAUAAUUAUAAAGAUGAUGCACAGAUGAAAAAUCUGCAGUCAUUCCUUGAUGAAGAUUCUGAAACACCUACUGUUCUGUCCUUGAAGCCAGUUCAAGAGAGCACUGGCAUCCCUGCUAUAGAAUGUCAAACUAGCAGCCAGAAGUCUUUAGACCUUGAGGCCGAAGUGGCUCUUAAUGCCCUUUUUGAUUGCUCUACCCAGAAAUGUAGUGGACAGUUGAGCCAAGGCCUAUCAGCUAUUUCCCUAAACAAUAGUUUCCAUGAAAGCCCCAAAAGCCCCUUGGUGGAGGAGAAGCACACUUUUAAGGAAAGUACAGUAACCAAGCAGCACAUUGCUGAAGAGAGAUGCCAGAAGCAAGGUUCAACAUGUGCAUCAGAAAGUGUGAACCAGAUUGCAGCUCCAGAAACUAAGAAUAUUCCUUUGCUGCCAAAACUAAGUUUAACAUCUUCGAAGAUAGAAUCAUUGAUUUCUAGUAAGCCUGCUGAACUAGCUCAUGAUGACUUUGAUGAUUGGGAUAUUGAUUUAUUGGCAGAUGAUUCCUUUGUAAUGCAGAUUAGUACUCCUGAAAAAGCUUUAUCAGCUCCUAAAAAGCCAAACACACACGCUUUCAGUGGCAUUAGUAAAACUAAGGAAAGAACAAAUACUUCUAAUUCUGUAAUUGGUGUAAGUUUUUCAUCCAAAUCCAACGGUAUUCAAUAUGCACCUCUGAAACAAAAUAAUAAAACAAUACAAGAUGCUGCAAAAUCUCUUUCUUUCCAGAAACCAAAUAACGAGAUGGAAAAUUCAAAGGUACAGGCUGGUUUUCUACGUAUGGAGCAUGAUGUUAAACCUUAUACAGUAAAUUCCACUUGGAAAAGUGCCCAAAACAAAGUUUCUGAUCAUACUUCUCUUAUUUCAGUAGAAUCUGACCUUAAGAAUGGAAUGGAAUGCAUUCAGCCUAAAUGUGGUCCUACUAGUUUUCCGGUAAAAGGAUACUCUUCCAUCUUGAUACACUCUAAUCCUCAUAGAACACAGACUGGAAAACAUGGAAAUAACAAACACAAUAUUUUCCCUCAGUCAUCUAUUUCUGCUAACACUAAGCCUAAUGAUCUAGUGAAGGUGGUGACCUGUAUUGGUGUGGCUAACCUAAAACAAGCUGAAAUGCCUCAGAAAUGUUCUGUGUCAUUUGAUGAUUGGAAUGAUCCUAAGUUUCCUGAUGAAGUUUUAGAUAUGUUUUGUGAAUCUGAUAGUCUUUGGGACACAAACUGCGAAGAUGAUGAUUUGUUGUAUCAGGUGUGUGAUGAUGUAGAAAAACAAACUCAGAACCAAGACAUUAAACAUGGAAACAAAAGAGCAAUAAUUAUAAAAGAAGCCAGUAUUACUUCCAAAUCUGAUGCCGAUAACAGCUUCACAGCAUCUAAAAAAGGACUGCCUAAACACCCAUUGGCACAAAAAAUCAGUGCCAACCAGGACACCAGCUCAGUGAGUACUCCUUGUACAAACUCCUCAAAGGUUACAGACAAAUUAACUACAUUUGGAAAUGUAGUGAACUGUACAAAUUCUGCAAAUCCUAUAGCUGUGAUGGCAAAUGUUCCUAUACAACACAGGUAUACCCAUUCCCAAAACUAUAAUAAAGCUGCUUCUGCAAAUACUACAAACAGUUUUCCAGGCAAAUGGUAUCGGUCUAAUUCUGUGCCUGCAGGUAGUCUCAGUUCUGAAAUUGGCCCAAUUAACAUAACAAAUGGGUGUACUAAUACUUUUAAUGGAGGAUGCAACCAAGACCUUUCACACAACACAGGAAAUAUACAAAAUAACAGUUGUAUGAAUAAAAUGUCAGUUGUGCCUUCAAAGUUUACAUUUAAAAAGAUUAGCAAUUCCCAGGUUGCUGUUCAUGUGGAUCCUAAAAGUAUAAGUAUAGGACGCACUUCUGGAAUCAAAGUUACUCAGCAGGGUUUGGAAGAAAGCAAGAAUCAACUGAACAUCCCUUUGCAUGGGAAGAUUAAAAUUAAUCAAAAGCCACCUUUUAAGAGGCACCUUUCAGAAUCUCUGGCAGAGUCAACAACAGCAUUUGUGAUAGAACAGAAAAACAGAAAAUGUUCUCAAGAAGAAAUUGAAAGGAAAAAACAAGAAGCUCUUGCUCGAAGAAAAUCCAGAAUGCAGGCAUGUCUCAGAGAUACUUGAAUUUGGUCUGGAUUUUUUGCCAUUUAAUUUGUUGGGUAGGAAAAUGAUUGUAAUAAAGACUGAACCAUUUUUAAAAUUCUGUCUGUGAUGCCUCAUCUUGAUCUUUUUUACUUCUGUAUGUGAAAUUGAUGCUGGACUAUGUUAAAUUAAUUAAAUUAUAAAAACAGUUUACAGUUGUAAACAACAGUUUCCUCCAAGUGUCUUAAUAGCCACUACAAUGAGUUCAAUAUCGUGUACACACUGGUACUGUCACAUGUUGCAAUUGUGUGGUUUAAAAUUCAUGUGAAUAGUAUUUAAAGUGUUCAAGAAAGGUAUACAGCAGAAAGUUCAUUCACAUGUUUCUAUUGUUUUUCUUUGUUUCUCACUUAUCAGCAAGAUUUUUGUUUUAAAUCCAUGAAGUGAGUAGGCUGAAACACUAGUGUGUGCAUUUAUUAUAUCUCUGUGGUUCUCAAAUUGUUUUAAUAAACUUGAAACUAACUCAUGGAGAUGAGAGCCUAAAAAUUCAGCUUCCAGAAGAUGAAGUUAGUGCUCACUGAUUAGAACAAGUCCACCCAUCAAAAAAUUAGUGGAAAUACAUACAAUCUGGAGAGUCCAUUGUCAGUCUGCUUCUUUUAAGUGACGGACUAGCAUAUAUGUGGUAAAGAAAGAACCUAGCAUAGCAGAUAGCUAAUCUGUAAGAUAAAGACAUACUGAAAAAGACACUUCUCUGUUUCUUCCAUUAAGAGUUGUAGGUAUUGUUUUCCUGGCUACCAUUUUGAAGGGGUUCCUGGUUAUGCCACCCAUCUUCCAAAAACAAGUAUUCUGGGGUUAAUUAAAAUGCAGCUAAUGCUACUUUACUGAACCAUUAUCAAACUGUGUAGGAAAAAUAGAAUCUACUAGGCCAGAUCCUCAAAUGGUGUAAAUCAGAAUAGCUACAUUGACUGACUGCAAUGGAAUUACACAGAUUUUUUUGAGUUAAUGAUCUGGCCUGUUGUCUCUUGUAUGGGUAUGGCUUCAUUUGGUUAAAUGUGAUUAGAAUUAAAUACACAAUGUGGAAGAUUGUACUACAACUACUUUAAUCAGUUCAGUGUUCAAAUGCCUGAAACUUCACAACUAUGUUUUCAAAUUGAAAUAGAUUUUGGUGUAACCCUUGGCCAGUAAAGCACUUAAACAUGAUGGAUUCAAUGCUAUACUCUUCCUUACUUGACCUGAUGAACUGGAGUUUUGAAUUUUGAAGCUCUGUUUUAACAGUGAUACAUGGAGAAUGAGUUCAAAUUGUAAAAUGUGUGUGGUUAAGCUGGUAGGCAUUUCACAACAGAAAACUGCUUUCAGUUUAAAUGUUUUGAUAUCACUUAUGACAUUAUGAAAAAGUAUUUGAUUAUCUGGUUUUGUAAAUAAAUACAUUGCUGAGUGUAGCCAAAGGCUCACAAAGUCUUCAUCUCCUGUAGACUGUGCUUUUGGUUUGUAAAACUUACAAAUGUAAAUAUUGUAUAUUUGUAAACCAUUAUUAAACUUGCAAUUUUUACAUCUAAGUAUUCUAUCUUGUUCUGUGAUUGGAAAAUUGUCACGCUAAAAGUAAAUUUUAGUGAAGAAUAUUCCAAAGCAUGAAAAAAGGAAGGCUGGUCUUAUGGUUAAAACACUGGAUUGGGAUUUAAGAAACCUGAGUUUAAUACCUGAUUUUUUUUGUCAUGAAUUUCAUUGUCACUUUAGGCAAGUCACUUUAAUCUUUUAGUUAUUCAUGUUUCAUGUCCAAAUGUUUGUGUAUCCGUUACAAACUUUUAAU